CCUUCUUUCCCUGUGCUGUAAUUACAAUCGUCACAAUGGUUGGCACUGCUGACGUUAAGAACGGAACUUACAUUGGCCCCUGGGGUGCCCUUGGUACGUUAAUCUAGCUUCAUCAUGAUUCCCAUACCUCCGGACCAGCCAAACUCAUAACCCGAAAUUCCCAAUGAAUCACGAGCUGUUCCUUGAUGGAUUUAUCCCUUAUUCAGUCUCCAACAUGCGACAUAUGAUACCCGAUACAUACAAUACCACAUGCAUUGCCACAUACAACAUCCCAAGUCAGCAUACUAAUCUGACAUGACAGGCUGCCCUACCCCCCAGCGGAUCGCCACCUACUCCCUCUCUGCCAACCGCCAGAGACCUCUUGCCGGUGCUUUCCACAGCGCCAUCUUUAACACCUUCCGUCGUUUCCGUCACCAGGUUCUCUACGUGGCUCCUCCGUUCCUGAUCGCUUAUGCCACCAUGAACUGGGCUGUUGAGAGGAAUGAGUACCUCAACUCGAAGCCUGGCCGUCUCCUCGAGGGUGGUGACGAGUAAAUGCGUUGAUAUAUGAGGUAUACCGUGUGAGGGUAUUU